GUGCCGCUCUCUUCAGGGGUGUACGGACAGCUGCGGUAUGGCUUGUGAAAAUAAGACAGUACCCCCUCAGGAGCUGGCCCGUCAGAACUCCAACACCGGACUGUCUCUGGACUUCGAGCCCCAUCAGGAGUACACGUUUGUGGAAAAGAUACAGGAUCGCUACAAGUGCGCGAGCUGCCACCAGGUUCUGCACAAUCCUCACCAAACAGGAUGUGGUCACCGAUUCUGUGAGAGUUGUGUGCUGAGAAACAAUGAAUGCUGUAACCUAUCACAGUGUCCUAUUGAUAAAGAAGACAUUAAACCUCAGGAGAUAUUCAAAGACAAUUGCUGUAAAAGAGAAGUCCUAAACUUGCUGGUUUUCUGCAGGAAUGCCCCCGAGUGUGAUGCAAAAGUGACGCUAGGGAGGUUCCAGGAUCAUCUCGCUCAGUGCUCCUAUGAAAUGGUUCUCUGCAACAACAAGGGAUGUCAUGACAAAGUCUGCAGAAAAGACCUGGAAAACCAUUUAUUGACACAGUGCGAACUAAGAGACGAGACGUGCCAAUACUGCAGCAAAAGCAUGGCGUCACUCGAUCUGCAGGUUCACAUGAAAAAGUAUUGCCCUUUGUAUCCAGUUUCAUGCCCUAACAACUGCAGUCACACUUGUUCAAGAGACGAGUUGGAUGAGCAUUUCAUCAUCUGUCCUGAAGCCGACGUAGAUUGUCCUUUUACACAUUAUGGCUGCUAUGUAAAGGUAAAAAGGGGAAAACUGAAAGUGCAUGAAGAGACCUUUCUUAAAGACCACAUGCUCUAUGUACUGAACAGAAACACAAAACUUGAGAAGCAGAUGCUGGAUUUGAAACAAAGUCUGGAACUAAAAGAGAGCACAAUUCAAGAGCUGUCUACCACAGUCAAAUGGUGUGAGAAGGAAUGUCGUCAGUUUGGGCAGCUUGGUGGCACCAAUGGAAAUCACAUCACCACUUCACAGACUCUGGCCAGUUACAUGGAGAAGGCUUCCUGGCUGGAAGAUCAGGUGAUGCAGUUAGUGCAGUUAAUAAGUGAAGAACAAAGCCGCCAUGACUUGAAGCCAUUAAUUGAGGCCAUUGAGUGUAUCAAGCAGAAGGUGACUGCCAUUGAGAACUACAAAGAACGCAUAGAUAAUCUGGAGAACCAGUUCAACAAGCAAAAUAUGCAGAUAAACCUCCACAAAGCUCAGCUCAGCAGCAAUGACGAUCGAUUCAAACUUUUAGAGAGCACCUGUUACAAUGGCAAGCUGAUCUGGAAAAUCACAGACUACGAGAGGAAGAAGAGGGAGGCGGUGGAAGGUCGUGUGGUCUCCAUCUUCAGCCAACACUUCUACACCAGCCGGUGUGGUUACCGCCUCUGUGCUCGGGCCUACCUCAACGGGGAUGGUUCAGGCAAAGGAAACUAUUUAUCGCUGUACUUCGUAGUCAUGAAAGGAGAAUUUGACUCACUCCUCUCCUGGCCUUUCAAACAGAAGGUCACUUUGAUGCUUCUUGACCAGGGUGGGAAGAAGAACACUAUAAUGGAUGUUUUCAAAGCUGACCCCCACAGCAGCAGUUUUAAAAGGCCGGAAGGUGAAAUGAACAUUGCCUCCGGGUGUCCACGCUUUGUGUCUCACAACCAGCUGGAAAAUCCAAAGAAUGGCUGCUAUAUUAAAGACGAUACCUUGUUCAUUAAGGUUGUUGUAGAUCUCACUGAUCUGGAAGAGUUAUAAGACAAUGUCAGGAACAUAAUAAAAACC